AUGGCGAGUGUCGGGAGCGUGCAGGAUAAUAGUUUUUGUGAAGAAAGAACAGACAAUUUUGUAAAGAAAACCUACGCGGGACUAAAUGAAAUGUGCAAGAAAAAUGGAAUGAGUGCCCAGUGUUCAUGUGGUGAAAAUCCCAAUAAAAACUAUCAUCCCAAACGUGUAAAAACGACCCGGCUAAAUGGGGUAAGACCCUCGAUUCCGACCCUUCGGUCACGAACUGCACCGACGGAAAGAACAUCUUUGUCGGAUUAUCCCCUACAAAAACGUCGUUCCCCACGUACGGAAAAAUCCGAUUUAAAUGUUGAUGGGUUGUUAAUAUCGCGUUCAGACAGCCUGGACACGAACUGUAGUUAUGUAUCAGUAGCGAGUUCCGAGCCGUCUACACCCGACACAUCGCGGUCAUGUACCCCACAGCCACUGGCACCCUUACUCAGGCAAUGUGAUGCAACCAACUCUGAUAGCAACACCAACAACAGACUUUUGGAAGCCAACCAUAACGCGCAGCCAGAGCAAGUGCAUCUCAGAAACAAUCAUCAAAAAUCAUUAAAAUCAUGCCAUCCACAUUCACAUACUAAUCACAAAUUGGAGAAAAAAUGUACUCAAGGAAACAACGGUACCUUGUGUGUGCAAACCUCUCAGGCAGUUAAUCAUAAACUCAAUAAAUCUGCAGCAUUUGAAAUUUCACAUUUUAAUUCUAAGCAUAAUGGUGAUAUUAACUCUACCAGGAAUCAUCUGGUUUUACCGUCGAAAAGGGACUUAGGUUUUAGUUCAGCAAAAAAGUUCUCGUCACAAACUACGGACACGUCAAAUUGUGCUGUUUCCAUUGCCAGUACUAGUGCGAGCUGUGAUGUAAGAAAAACAACGGAAUGUGACAAGGUGAAAAAUGGCCUUGAUAAGAAUGAUGGGAAGAUUACAAACGGCGAAGAGCCGAAAACGCCUGCGAGCGUGGAGACGUGCAAGUGGAAUACCUGUGGUAUGGUUGUGGAUACGAGUGACUUGAUGACGCAUAUUCGUGAAACUCAUGUGGAGUCGCAACGAAAAAGUGAAUCACAAGUAUUUCUGUGUCUGUGGGCGGGGUGUAAAGUUUAUAAUAAGCCAAGUUGUUCGUAUUCAUGGUUAGAGCGGCAUGUGGUUUCACAUAGCGGCGAUAAACCUUUUAAAUGUAUUGUCGAUGGAUGUGGGUUACGGUUUACCAGUCAGGGGGCACUGGAACGACAUAUAAACAAUCAUUUUAACGUGAAUGCCAAUAAUCAGCCGAAGUCUUCUCGGUCCACGGGAGACACGCCGAGUAAAACACUCAAAAAAAGAAAAACAAGGAAGAGAAAGUCUGUCAAAAUUAAGACAGAUGACUUCUUCGACACUGGUAUAAUGGAGUGCGUCAAGCAACAAGUCCUAUCAGUGAACGAAGCCACUCAGUUAGAUACCCUUGGCAUGGGAACAGCCAUUACAUUCCAUAGUUCUGUGAUAGCCAGAAGAACAGAUGAAACGGGAAAGGUCAGCGUGUUAUUACAAUGGAAACCAGAAGACAUCUUGCCAGAUUCCUGGGUUUCUGAAUCUCAGGUCGAACUUUUACAACAACAAGUCAUUCCGCUGUCGCAGCUACCUCGAGACUCUGUCGUCAACCUACAUCCAUCCUUCUAUCGGCAGCACCGCUUCAGAAAACAGAAACGCAAAUAACAGAGAUUGAAACCUUUGGUGAAAACCUCAUGUGAGAUUUCCGGAGGUUUUGCCGAAUAACUUGGCGAAAUCUCUAAGUCGUGUAGAUUAAACCAAUGCGAAAGUCUCCCAAUAUUGCCAGAUAUGCACCUUUUGGCAAAAUCAUAAUAUCAUCAAAAUGGAAUCGCAAAUAAUAGGGAUGUGGUAUUCAAUCUUGCAAUGUAUCAUGCAUUGAGAUGACAAGUUCAUUUUCUGCAUUGGAGGAGCUGCAUACAACACUCACAGAGCGCACAUCACCUGUUGAGGACCAAAUUCAGAAACAGAACGUUGUGUGUCAAUCACAAUGUUUUUCGAAGUCAUCGCAAUGUUUGCUUGAUAGUCUGUGCAAAAGUUCACACUAUUUUCCCAAUCUGUACAUACACAAUUUGUCAGGUGCUCCACGAUUUUCACACUAACCUCACCCCCAUCCAUAUGUUCCCCAACUUUACUACAUGUAUGUUUUAAAACGUGUGUACAUGGGAGUGCAUCUGUGGACCAGGUUAAGGGACACAGAAGACUUGGAAUCGAGGCUAGGGCUAAUAUUUUACUGUUGUUACUAAAUCGUCACUAAAAAUUACCAUUGCCGAUCGUAAGGGUGCGAGAAUCACCAAGGCUUCUUUCUUCCUUUCGCUUCAUCUUCUAUACUUCAUUUCAUGAAAAAUUAGCACUGAUUUUUGGUGAUUUCACUCAAAUGGUGAAACAUUUGAACAAAGUGUUGUAUUUCAUCUGAAACUUCAUAUUCCAAAGUAUCUAAGACUACUUACUUUGCCAGUAUCUGACAAGCAACACCAAGAAUGAGGCAUUUGAAGAGAAAUACUGUCACCUUAUCUCCUGCUAUUUUAGGCUUGUUUUGCCUGAAGUGCAAUUCUUUUGUGAAAUGAGUAUAGUGCAUUGCUGAUGCUUAACUGAUUCUUUCCAUCCAUAACCCAAAUGAAAUAUGUCUAAAAUAUUUUUAUAAGAGAAAUGCUACAAUAUUUAAAUGAAAAACAGGAUGAGUUUCAUGACCAUGGAGUAUUUUCAUAAAACAAAAAGACACGGAGAAGUGAAAAAUACUACCUGAUGCUGCAAAAUCAUUGCAAUUGUAUUAAAUUUGUGUCAGAGAAGACGUUUUACUUCUCUGACUGCUAUUUUUGGCACUUAAAUGUUUGUACAUAAUUUGUUUUGUUUAUAAGGUAAAUAAUGGUUUUGAGUUUUGUAAUGUAUGGAUUUUGUUUCUGGACAAAUAAUGAUCGAAUGACCAUUAGUACUGUUACAAUUAAAUUGGUCAUUAAAGUUCGUAGAGAUUUGAACUGCACUGAUCCACUAAAACUUUAGUUUGUUAAUUUGGUAACUUACUUUCAAGAAUUGGCUGCUCAAAUGUGCUUUUGUCAUGUUAUUACUGUAGCUACAGGCCUGUAGCUACAUUCCGAUUCAAGCUGUACUCCGAGGUAGCACCACAUGCUUGAGCUGCAUGUAUUCAGCACUUGGGACGAGCAUUCAAAUUUCACCAUCUCUGCCAGCCAAGGAGUUAUUACAAAACUUCCUUGGCUCACUUUCAAUUCUUGUGCAAAUUGUUAGGCACUGCACUUAGUGUCCUUGCUCUUAUCACCUUUAGCUGCCUGUAUGAACCAUAAAUUCUAUGAGCUGUGAUAAAUACUGCUCUAGUCUUAACCCUGUAUUACAUAAUGUAAGCUACAACCACUGCCUGGCAUAGUAGUUUAUAGCCUGCCCUCUAGAUUUUGCUUCCCGUGCAUGAACCAGCAAUUUUUAACAAAUCUUCCAUAAUUGAGAGUAUAAGACCCAUUUUUUCCCAUCAGAGGUGCCAAUACUUGAUCUUGUUAAAAUGAAACAUGUGUUAGAUGUUUAUGAUUUUGAAAGUCGGGUUAACUAAGAAAGAUGUUUGACCAAAUAUAGAAAAGACUUGAGCGUUGACAUUUACAUCCUCAUCUGGUCAACAAGUACCUUAAUCAUGUUAAUUAUACAUUCUGAGGGUAGUGACAUCUAGAGGUACAUGUCUGAACUACAUUAUGCCACCUAACCAUCAGGUCUGUUAUCCAUUACAUCAUCUAUGCAAACCAAGUGAGUUCCAUCGAACUUGAACCAAAGAUCUCCACAUCACCUACUGUAGAUACUCAGAUUUUUGGUUCAGGUUAGGAUGGGAUACACUCUACCAUCUCAAUGUUAGUGACGAUUCCGACAUCAGGUCUGAAUAAUAUUUGUAAGUUUGAUAAAAGUCAAGUUUUCAUCGAAGCGAUGCUGUUGUUACACCAGUCUGUUAUCGUAUACAUUUUAUCAGUAUCAUCAACUUUCAUAUGUUUUGUCUGAACACAUUUGUUUCUUGAGAGAAUGGCUGGAAACGAUUCAUGAAAUGAUAACAUUUGAGCACCAUUGGUAGUGCUCAUAUUUACUGUAUUUACAGUCAAAAAAGGGGUAGUUUCUGUCAAUUUGCUGCACUUUGUAACAUGUUUGAAAUUGGUUUUGAAAUCUUUCUAUUUGGGCUUAGUCAGAAUUUGAUUGAGUCCUUUCUAGUCAUUCCAUUUGAACGAAUCCUCGGACAAAAAUGUUACCCAUACCAUCAGUUAACCAAACAACCAUUGUUGAAUUUAACGUUUUGUUCAUGUUUUCCAUGAUCAGAGUUAGAUGAGUUAGAUGCAAACAAGUCCAUGCCUAAUUUGCUAAACAUGCUAAAAUUUAGCAAUCGGACAUCCGGAUGUAUUAGCACCUGAAUUCAAAAUAAAGAGGUUGUUUUUGUUUUUGCUUGAGGAAAGGAGUCAAUUAAGACAAUACCACUGUGAGACACUUCUUCUCUUGAGAAGGUUUUUAAGACCAAAGGCACUUUCUAUUAAAGUAACUUGCUUGGCAAAUAAUAGGAGUGACAGUACUGUGUACUGGUAGAAGGCAACAUUUGAAUGAAUCCUUGUGAUUUCUGCUGAAAAUAUGACUUUUUACGAGUAUUUGGAAGAGGCGUACCCAUAAGGCAUAAGCUAGAAAGGAAUAAGACUGAAGUAAUAACAGCUGUUGUGUCUCGUCACUAUGUGUUCAGGAUUCAACAGACUGGUCGAUUGAGGUCGCAUAUUCAUGUCUGCUUAUGCGCCAUCUAUAAUGUCAGACAGAACUAAUCCAGGGAUUACAUCGUGGUGCUUAAUCAACAUUUCCAUCUCUCAAGGCAUCAGCGUUUUAUACACUAUUGUAUUAUACGGUAUGCUCUUAACAACAUUUACUGUGAUUUUGCAUCAAAUACAAUAACAUGUGAGUAAAGAGCAAAAGUCUUCAUGGAUAACUUUUCAGAAGUAAAUGUCACUGUCCUUUGGGCGUUGUGCCAAACUACAUUUGAGUUCAGAAUGUUCUUGGGAUGUUAUUUUAACAAACAAUAUCAGGAGCAAUUCAACAGAAAAUGAAGUCGUUAAAAAAUUAAGGUGUUACUUGUUACUUUGUAGGCCUACCUGCAAUCAUUUUGAAGUAUAAUGUUAUUUGCAAUGAUGAUUUUUGCUGUAGUAUUAAAAGUUAAUGGAUUUCCAUGUAAAACCAGACCCUCAGUUCACAAUCAAAUGAUAUAUUGUCAACUCUUAUGAAUUACUAAAAAAUAGAUUUACCAAAAUCUAGAAUAACCUUUUGGGCACAAAACCAAUUUUGAAAUGGUCCAGCAUUACCAAUUUGGCACAAAACCAAUUUUGAAUUUUGAAAUGGUCCAGGAAAUUGGCAUUGAUAAUGAAUGAUAUAACGAAUGAUAAAGAUUUUUUCAUAUGCCAAUUGGUUUGAGUUCAUAUGAAUAUUAUGCAGCUAUCCUUUAAAUAAUUCAGUAUUCAAGAAAGUUGAUUUUGUGAGUAUUGUAGACAGAUUAUGAAUUCCCAAAGUUGUCCUUACUCCUGCUUUUCUUACUCCCGACCAAAUUAAUUGUCGGUGAAAAUUGUUGAAUUUUACCACAUAUGAUGGGAGUGUACAUGUAACUGUACACAUGUAAGUUUGGAGUCGUGCCGAUCUACCAUCGUUGAUAAACUCGCCCCUGAUUGGCCGUCAGAAUGGUUGUUACUACAUUACUAAAACUAUUUAUAAUAUUUGUACAUCUUUCUUCACUACGGCAAUGAUGAAAUAUAUAUUUAGCACAUAUUAAAGCAAUUAGAACUUUUCAAAUUCAAUUACAAAUUUCAAAUUUUUAGCGAACGGCGUAGGCCUUUAAAAUGUUGCCGAAAUUUUUUUUCACCAUUCGUUUUUAUCAUGUCAGUCGUGUGUACAUAUUGUGUCAUAUCAUUCUAGUUUUACAUUUUAUUUCUUAUAAACUAUUGGGUUUUUAUUAAUUUUUGUGUAAUUGUUCUUAACAUGUUGUCUACCUGCCUUUGUAAGGAGUGGUAAAGAACAUUAAAAUUGUGUGUUCUUUU